CUUUUUCGCAGAAGUAGCAUAUGAGAAGUUCAACAUCAAGUUCAAAACACCGCCUAAUUUUAGCACUAAUUUGCGAAGGUCAAGUCACUUUUCUCGAAGAGCAUGGGACCAUCCUGUUGAUUCUGGAAGGAUAGUGUGUCUAUACUGUAUUAACCUUCCUUGCCCUUGAUGUGAGAAUAGCGGAAGAAUAAACAUCUGAAAUAGAUGGGAAAUCUCAACACGAAGAGUCCUCCUGUGGAGCAACGGAUUCUCGUUUGUGGCGUCGAACAGGGCUUGGCUUACGGGAUCAAUGACUUGAUCGCGCGGAACGGUAACGCGAAGGAGCUUGGGAGGUUUCGAAAGUACUCUCCGAUGGGUCUCGGAGCCCGGGACAUAGAUGGGGUUCCUAACGCGAAGGUGUUCACGGUUUCGGGUGGAUCGCAAAUUUACCCACUGUGGAGGAGUGUGAUCUUGCCAAAGGCACCUACUGAACAGGGAACGUUGACGUCGCGCAAGGAACACAAUCUUGCAGGUCUGAUCUACAUCUUCCCAGGUACUUUUUUAUCUCUAUUUGCUUGAUGACGGUUGUGUUAUUCUCUUUGAAAGUAGCCAUUCCUUCGGUCCUUGUUUGUGUUUCAGUCGAUCUUCACUCGUAUGUUGUCUCUUACCUCGAUUGGGUUGAUCUGCAUCGCGUUGUUUUGAAACCCCUGUAGUCCUUCCUGCUUCGUAAUUCGGUUCUUGACAGCUCUGUAGUUUCUUUCGUAGUGAGUCUUAUAAAUAUGCUCCGUUCGGUUUUAUGGCCAUCGGAUCACUUUCCUGGUGUAAUUCAUGAUUUCUGUCCUGUACUUCGGUCUCGCCACAUGUCGGCUUUCAGCUUAAAGUCAUACUCUUUCCUGGCACCCUAGCCCCGAUUUAGUUAAGCUCCCUGCUUCCCUUGAAAUAAUGGACCAUUUUUGUGUUCGGGCUACCUCGGAUAUCUCUGUAAUAAAAAUGACGGGUUGACCUUGACACGGUGCAGAAGCUUGGCGGCGUUGCAGGUAAGUGUGGACAUUUUAGUGUGGAUAAUUGAUACUAGUUUAGUUUAAUGCUAUUUAUACCGGAGUUUUUUUCACACGACAAGCUCGGGAUGUCACCGCGGGUGAGCUAGCACCCCUGAGCCGCAGUGGCUCGCCGUACCCUUGCUUGUGCGAGCACUCACUUUACGUUGGUUCUUCUGUGCUCCUUUUCUCUUCCCUUCUGGCCUGUUUGAGCAUCCUUUGUUUUCCUGUCAGUGAGACCUCAGGUGGCAGCAGUGUGCCAAAUCUCCGCACUAGCUAUCUUAACCUACUUUAGUGCUGUUUAUGCCCCGUCCUCCCCGUCAUUGGUCGCUGACCUCUGGGCUUCCUUUCCCUUUGGUAUCUCAUGCAUUCUUAAAUCAGGCUAACCUCCCUUUCUUCCAAUUCAUUCAACCACAAGAAAAUAUCACAGGGAUGCUGCGCUACGAGGGUGCUUUCUUCUGAAGUUCAACGUUUACUAUAUAAGAAUACCAACAGAUCACUUACCACCUGGGUUUACAAAUUUUGAUAUAUACCUUCCCAGGUACUCGAAGUAGAAGCUCAUUUGGUUCGGGUCGUGUACAGACGGAUAUGCAAGCGCAGAACGAACAAAAGCAGAAGGGCAAUUACGAGGAGGCGCUGAUGAAUAACCCAGUAAAGUAUUUGAAAUACCUGAUUGGAGAAGCGGUGGACGAGACCGGGUAUUGCGUCAUUCUAGACAGUGAUCCGGCUGAGGUUGCAACAAAGGUUGCGAAAAUGCCGGUAUUCGUCCUAGUGGAGCUCACCAGCCUACAAGAAGAUAUGCAGGCUACAGAGAAAGAAGCAGAAGGAGAAGCACGAAGGAUAGCAAAUGAGAACAGUCUUGGAGAAAUUUUGUCUAAGUCUGGCAGACCAUGGAAAAUCGGCGCUCUACAGUUACUGGAAGGAGAAGGAUGUGACAAUUCGGCGGCAGACAAAGCGAUUAGCAAUGCGUUGUCAUGGAUUCAAAAUACAAAUAAAGCAACUGCAUAAUAAUACACCUUCACCUGCACAAUCAU